AUGGAGAAUCAAGUGCCUGAAGCACAAAUAAUAGUUGAAACACCAGUAGUAUCAGAAGAAAAGAUAAUCGAAAAUUCUUCGGAAGAUAAAAGUGGUGAUAGUGAAUAUUAUUCGGUUAAUUCAGAAUAUUAUUCAGCCAAUUCAGAAAGUGAGGAAGAAAGUCCUGAAGAAAUUGAACGCAGUUUGACUGCGGAUCAAGUAAAAAAUGAAAAUAAAGGAAAAUUAAAGAGAUUUUAUAGUGAGCAAAGCCCUUCAAGGAAAAAAAUGAUUGAAGAAGGAUUUGAGUUUACUCCAAAACAAGAUAGUGUUGGAACGAGUGAUUAUAAAAUUGAAAAAGAUGAAAAAUUGAACGACGAACAAAGUAAGGGUAAUCAUGAACACAAUACAAUUAAUAAAGAGAAUAUUUCCGUAAAAAUAUUAAAUAAAAAUGAAAAAACAGAAGAUAAGAAUGAACAAAAUGAGGAGGAUGAAACAAUGAUUAGUGAAAAUCAAAAGGAGAAUAUCUCGUUAACUAAUGACCAGAAAAAAGAUAAUAAUGAAUUAAAUCAUUCAAAAAUUCAAGAAAAUAUACAAUUAAAUAAAGAUAAAAAGAUAGCAAAACGGUCUAAAAGAAAAAAUAAACAUGGCAAAAAUCCUUUAGGAGUAAACAAAGUUAACGGGAUAAAAACCAAAAAACAGGGUAAAAUAAGGGAUAAAAUUCAUAAUAUAUUGUUUAAAAAUGAGGAUAAAAAUAAAGACGAUUUGUAUAAAAUGAUCAAAGAAAAUGGCAAAAAAGGUGAUCGAAAAGUGAACAGUGCUAAAGCAGGUAACUCGAUAAAAAAUCAAAGGAAUGGUCGUCUAUCUUCUGAUAAGAGACUUGAAAGAAAAAGGAAACGGACUGUUAAAUCAAAAAAUAAAGCAAAAAAUAAAGGAAUACUUAAAGGAUUUAAGGUUAAAACUAAGGGAUUACUUGGAGGAUUAAGAUUUGGAAAGAGUAAAAAGGGAAAAACGAAUAACGUAAAGGAUUUAGAGAAAGAUGUGGGUGUUAGUAAGAAUGAUCAAGUAAAAGCAAAUUAUCAAGAUGAUUUUGAAGUAAAAGAAAAUAAAAAUGGAAAUCAAGAUGAAAGCAGUUCAAUUUUAAACAAGAAUGAGCUAGAAGUAAGCUCUUCUACGAAAGCUGAAAGUGUUAUCAAGAAAGAAGAAAGUUCUUCCAAGAAAGAUGAAGGUUCAACCAAGAAAGAAGACAUUUUCCCUAAGAAAAAUGAGAUAAGCAAAGUGAUUGACGAAGUUAAAAUCUUACCACAGAAUAAUAUUGUUAAUACAAUACAAGAAGAGGAGGAAAACGAGUCUGUUGAAGAAUUAGUUCUGAAACCGAGUGAUGAAAAAAUAGCCAAAAGUGAGCAGUUUAAUAAAUUAUUAGAAGAAUCUUCUCCUAAAACAAUUCCAUUCUCAGCAUCUCCAUUUAGACACAUCAAAUCAGCUUCAAACACAAUUUGGGCUGAAUAUGAAUUCUCACCUUCACUGGCUAUUAAAGAGGCAGACAUGCUUUCGAUUGUGCCUCUUCUCUUCAAGACAUUCGAAGCUAAAAAGCAUAAUAAUAAGCAUAAAUCUUCGAUAUCAGAAAAUGUGAAAAAAGAGAAAAAAAUACUUCAUUUUCACCCACAAAAAUUUUUCUUGGCUACAGUAUUGAAGCAGUAA